AUGGCGCCAUAUAGGAAGUCGGGGGAUCACCAAAGUUAUGAGAAUUUAUCCUCAUCUGACCUGCGUUAUCUGUGCCACAUUCACAACAGGCCACCCAGCAGUUGUCCUGAUAUCUCACCCAAAUCCAAAAAUGUCGACCUCACGGGGGCGGCAGAGGAGAAGUUCAUGGAAUUUGAGUUGUACUCUGAGGCAAGCAUCGCCCUGCUCCACCUGAAAACCCAGCAGGACUUCUCUGACCUGGCACAGCAGGCGAAGAAGAACCUGACCCUGGACGGGAAAGAGUUAACCAUCAGCCCCGGCUACCUAUUCUGGGACCUCACCGCCAUCUCACAGUCCAAACAGGAUGAAGACGUCUCCGCCAGCAGAUUCGAGGACAACGAGGAGCUCCGCUACUCGCUGCGCUCGGUGGAGCAACACGCUCCGUGGGUGAGGCACAUCUUCAUCGUCACUAACGGGCAGAUUCCCUCGUGGCUCAACCUCGAUAACCCCAGAGUCACCGUCGUCUCACAUCAGGACAUCUUCCAGAACCACAGCCACCUUCCCACCUUUAGCUCUCCGGCUAUAGAGACACACAUCCACCGCAUCCCAGGCCUCUCCCAGAAGUUUAUCUACCUCAAUGACGACGUGAUGUUUGGCAAGGACGUGUGGCCCGACGACUUCUACAGCCACUCGAAAGGACAGAAGGUGUAUCUCACUUGGCCGGUUCCUAACUGUGCUGAGGGCUGCCCAGGCUCCUGGAUCAAAGAUGGCUACUGUGACAAAGCGUGCAAUAACUCUGCGUGUGACUGGGAUGGAGGAGACUGCACGGGUGCAGCUGGGAACAGUCGGUUCGCCGUGGGGGGCGGUGCUGGCGGGACCGGUGGAGCUGGUGGACAUGUGUGGCAGUUCGCAGGUGGAAUCGGAGGACUCGGGGGGACGUCCUAUUGUAAUCAAGGCUGUGCCAACUCCUGGCUCGCUGACAAGUUCUGCGACCAAGCCUGCAAUGUCCUGGCGUGCGGCUUCGAUGUGGGCGACUGUGGCCAAGAGCAUUUUGACAAGCUGCACAGUGUGACCCUCCAGAAGAACCAGACCCUCUACACCCUCCCCGUGGGAGAGGUCAGGCCAUACUUCAGCUUCAGAAAUCUCGCUCGCAGAAUCUCCGAGGCCCACGUCAGCGACAACCCGGUGGUUCGUCACACCUCUGUCGCCAACAAAUGGAAGACCGUGCACUUGCUUCUUUAUCCCGGACACAACGCCACGCAGAUCCAGUACAACCUCACCCUCCAAAGAGAAGAUGAAACGGAGUUCGCGAUGAGCUUCUGCGUAGCCAUCGACACCCGCGAGGUUCCUCGUGCCAACGUUUCCAAGACCACGAGCAAAGACGUCAGUGAAGAGCCAAAGCCGACACUGACUCCUGAGCCCGUUUUCACUUUCUCAGAUGUUCCAGAGAACAAACGAGGUCCAAAGAUCCAGAAGAGGCAGCCUCAGAUUGUCAUAGAGGUCCCUUCACUGAACGUGUCACUUUUACCAGCGGUCGUUCGCACUGAGCUGAAGAAGCUCGAGGAGAAGCUACUUGCCGGUGACAUAACUGUGAAGGGUUAUAACUUCACAAAGGCUGAACUUCUCAAACCUUACAAGACACUGGCUCAACAGCAGCAGCUCGCUAAUGAUGGUGAGGUCAAGGUCCAGUUGAAGCCUUAUAAAGACCUGGAGGGAGAGCCAAAUCAAAAAGCUGAAAGUGUAAUUCAGCAAAAUCACAACGCAAAUGAAGGCACGGCUGUGAAAGAACCACGGGUCACUCCUCUCAUCCCAGUCCAUAUCGAUGAUACGCACAAACAGCUGGAAGCACCUAAAGCUCCAGUGAAAGCCGCCAUCGAAAGACCUUUGACUUUGAAGCUGCUGAACAAAAUUUCCAAAAUCAGAAGUGCUGAGAGUCAGAACGACCCGACCAACACUCCAGUCGGAGGAGCUCCAGUCGGGAGGAGACUCCAACACUUCACCUCCCGGGAUCGAGGCUUUCUGCCGUGGGAGAGGAGGAAGUACUUUCAGGAACUACUUGAGGAAGAAGAACGUCUGCAGAAAGAGCUGAUGUACGAGACCGACGGCGGCGCCACUGCCCGGAGGCUGCGGGACACUUUUGCCGAAUCCCUUCGCUACGUCAACAAGCUGCUCAACAGCCAGUUUGGCUUCACAUCCCGCAAAGUCCCCGCGCAUAUGCCUCACAUGAUCGAUCGACUCAUCAUGCAGGAGAUGCAGGACACGUUCCCAGAGGAGUUUGACAAGACCUCGGCCCACCGCGUGCGUCACUCGGAAGACAUGCAGUUCGCCUUUUCAUACUUCUACUUCCUGAUGAGCGCUCAGCAGCAGCUCAACGUCUCAGAGGUGUUUGAAGAGAUCGACACAGAUCACUCGGGCGUUCUGUCCGACCGAGAGAUUCGAACUCUCGCCACAAGGAUCCACGAGCUGCCCCUCAGCCUCCAG